GAAUGAAGGACUUGUGACAGCGUGUUGAUGGUGUGUAAAUGUAGGAUGUCAGUGUUCAUUCCCAUGAUUAAUGUUAUGUGACUUCGGUGCAUCUAAUAAAGUGAGCAGCAUGAGGACUCUGCUGAGGCUGAAGCUGCUAAUGUCAGAAGUGCGGUGGACCAUGUGGCAAAACAGAUCCUCCUCAAACUCUUCCAUCCGGAGCCUGGAGUCAAACACAUCCAUCCUUAAACAUCUUAUCUCCAAAAUUACUGCCACAGGUCCAAUUUCAGUAGCUGAGUACAUGAGGGAGGCACUGACCAAUCCAGUGGCGGGAUAUUACGUGAAAAAUGACAUGCUUGGCGCAGGAGGUGAUUUUAUUACAUCACCAGAGAUCAGUCAGAUUUUCGGUGAGCUGUUGGGUGUCUGGUGUGUCAGUGAGUGGAUGGCGGCUGGGAAAUCCUGCACGUUCCAGUUAGUGGAGCUCGGACCAGGUAGAGGUUCAUUGGCCAGUGACAUCCUGAGGGUCUUCAGUCAGUUGAAAGCUGUUCUGGGUGAGACGGAUAUCUCUGUUCAUCUUGUGGAGGUCAGCCCAAAGUUGAGCCAAUUUCAGGCCGAAUGUCUAACCGGAGAUAAGAUGCAGACAUGUAAUGAUGAUCAGCUUGCUUACCGCAGUGGCACCACACGUACUGGACUGCCUAUAUACUGGUACCGCAGGAUAGAGGACGUCCCAAGGGGUUUUAGUGUCUUCCUUGCCCAUGAGUUUUUUGAUGCUUUACCCAUUCACAAGUUUCAGAGAACAGAGAAAGGCUGGCGGGAGGUGAUGGUUGAUAUUGAUCCUGAAAGUCCAGAAAAACUGAGAUUUGUGGUUUCUCACAGUCCUACACUGGCCUCCGGCAUUCUUAUACAGAAUGAUGAUCGCAGACAGCAUGUGGAAGUAUGUCCAGAAGGUGGAGUCAUUGUUCAGAAACUGGCCAAUCGGAUUGCAGAGGACGGAGGUGCAGCCUUGAUUGUAGACUAUGGACAUGAUGGAACAAAAACUGAUACUUUCAGAGGCUUUAAAGGCCAUCAACUCCACAAUGUCUUGGAGGCACCUGGCAUGGCAGACUUGACAGCAGAUGUUGACUUCAGUUACCUGAGGAAAAUGACAGGAAAUGAGGUGACCUGCUUGGGACCCGUCACACAAAGAUCCUUCCUGAAGAACAUGGGCAUUGACUCACGCUUGCAGGUCCUCCUGAGGAACUGUCAUGACCCCUCCACCAGAGCGCAGCUCAUCCACAGCUAUGACAUGCUAAUUAACCCUGAGAAAAUGGGACUUAGGUUUCAGUUCUUCUCUGUGCUUAAUCGAGGUCGGCUGGCUCAGUAUAGAGGAAUGCAGAAGAACACAGCGCCAGUGGCAGGCUUUGCUGAGCUGGACAUGCAAUGAAAAGACUGUAAAUGGACAUAAUGUAGCAGCAUCCACGUGUUUUGAAUAACUAGAUAAUCUUGUGCUACAGAUGUGCAUUGGACUGUGCUGAUUGUCCGGUUUAGGUGAAAUAUAUAUUUUAUUGUUGGAUGGUCUGCACUCUUCGUUGCAAUAUUAAAUACAUAAAUAGCAACAUUUAUUUCUGCACAAAUUGCAUAAAGGUAGACA